GUCAGUGGGAAACAGACAAAAACGGUUUGAGUGAGUCCACUCUUGCCUGCUAAUAGGCUGAAAGGAACACACAGAGACAUUAUUUUAGCAGAAAGAAUAUAUUUAAUUUAGGAUUAUUUACUCUUUCUGCUUCGUUCACUGAAGGAAUUUACGCUCUCAUGUUCAACUCAAGAAUCUUCAGACGGUCCACUUCGGAAUUUCAUUGAAGUACAGAGAACAGACGCGCCGAUUGGAUUUAUGUAAAAGUGUAAUUCACAUGCAUUUAUACCACACCUGGAACUAUUUUGUAUUGUCACCUUGACAAGAACGGAUAGAAUUCAUACGCCUGGAUGGUUAGUGGUUGAUACUUUCAACACGAUGAUUCUCUAAAAUGCUGAGGGGCGGAGAUAUAAUUGAUACGUCAGUUCUUCUUGGAAAUAUUCAUUUGCACAGAACUUUCUGCCACUAAACGUGCUUUUAUUGUUUGCUCCCUUCAACAUUACACAUCAGGAUGGAUACUUUUGUGUUACAUGUCUGCUCGUUUCGCUGAUCUUUGAUGAAUAAAGAAAUAACGGAACUUCUGUUUUAACCAGAUUUCCGUAAUUCAUUCUUAUCGACGUCCAUAUCAACGGAAUUUUAUUCUUUAGAGUGUUUAUAAACAGUUAACUUGCUUUGCGUGCAAAAUGGUUGUUCCAAGUCUGAAGUCAUCAAAUCAUUGUAUGUUUAUCAUCAGUUGUGUCAUCCUCUUUCUUGUGUCCGGUUCAUUAAGUAUGUCAUGGCACAGGACGAGAUCAAGGAGAACUUCCAAUAACCUAUCUGCAAGAAAUCGCAUUCCAGAUGUAAACGAAUGUUUACCAAAUCCAUGCAAACACGAUGCAAGUUGCCAAGAUCUGAUCAGGGAUUACAGGUGUGUAUGUUUACCUGGGUACUCAGGUAAAAAUUGUGAGGAGGAGGUAGAAGAGUGCGCUAGUGAGCCAUGCAUGAAUAACGGUCUCUGUCAGCGAGGCUUUGCGGGAAAGUUCUUUUGUCACUGCUCACCUGGUUUUACAGGUACAUUUUGUGAACGGACGAUCAAUGAAUGCGAUUCAAAUCCAUGCAAACAUGGUGGGGUCUGUGAGGACGGACUGAAUUUCUUUAAAUGUGAGUGCAUCGAUGGUUGGUCGGGUCAUACAUGUAAUCAGAAGCUGGACAGUAGAUGUGGAGAUGUACCGUGUCAGAAUGGAGGAGACUGUAGAGAGAGCAAACAUGGAUAUAAGUGCUUCUGCCAAGUCGGUUUUGAAGGGAAAUACUGUGAGCAGCAAGUCGACGAGUGUAAGAGUAACCCAUGUUUAAAUGGAGCGCUCUGCGUCGACGGGACCAACGGCUAUACAUGUUUGUGUCCAUUCGGUUUCCGGGGAGUUCGUUGUCAACGAAACGUUGACGACUGCCGACAGAGCCCUUGUAGUCACGAUGGCACGUGUGUUGAUCUUCUGAACGAUUACGCAUGCAUAUGCGCACGGGGUUUCUAUGGUAAAUCGUGCGAAUAUACUGUCAAUGAAUGUGAAAGUAAUCCUUGCAUGAAUAAUGGCCUAUGCUUAGAUUUAGACGGUGAUUAUGAGUGCAACUGUCCGCAGAACUUUGGUGGGAAGAACUGCGAAGUAGAUAACUUUGACCCAUGCGCAUCCGAACCGUGUAACAAAGGUUCAACUUGUAUCAAACAGGACAAAGGUUCGUUUAGCUGUAUAUGCAAAAAGGGAUACACUGGACAAUGGUGUGAACGCGAGAUAAACGAGUGUCUGCGUGAUCAGUGUAGGAAUGGUGGCACGUGUGUCGACCUAGUAGGAGAAUAUCGAUGCGAUUGUCCACCAGGUUUUACAGGGAAGCACUGUGGAACGCACACAAAUGAAUGCUUGAGUGCGCCGUGCGUUUACGGCAAGUGUCGCGAUUUGAAAAACGAGUUUGUCUGUGACUGCUUGCCGGGUUUUACUGGCGACCUCUGUGACACGCCAAUUGAUGACUGCCUGGAGAUGCCCUGUUUGAAUAAUGGCACAUGUGUUGAUCUCUUGGAAGGGUUUGCUUGUUUUUGUCCACAAGGAUUUAAAGGAAAGUUGUGUGAAGUCUCACUUAAUAGAUGUUUUCCAGAUCCUUGUUUAAAUGGUGGAACAUGUAUAAACAAGGAAACGGAUUUCUACUGUAAAUGUCCACAAGGAUUUACCGGCAGAGCAUGCGCAAUGGAUGUUGACGAAUGCUUGAUGGACCCCUGUAUGAACGGUGGCUUAUGUAGUAAUCUUCCGGGAAGUUACUCUUGUACAUGUCCAUUUGGGUUUACAGGACGUUUGUGUGAAACAUUUAUUGACGAGUGUGAAUCGAAUCCAUGUCAAAAUGGCGGAAUAUGUGUAGACUCUGUUCAUUCUUUCACGUGUGCGUGUCUCGAAGGUUUCCAUGGUGAGUUAUGCGAGCUUGAGUCAAAUGAGUGCGAAUCAAACCCGUGUCUGAAUAACGGUGUAUGCUUAGAUAAACGCGCGGGAUUUACGUGUGAAUGCACCAUAGGGUUCAGUGGAAGACUUUGCCAAGUGAAUCUAAAUGAAUGUUCAUCGUCUCCGUGUAGGAACGGCGGGACUUGUGAGGACCGUGUGAACGGAUAUAACUGUGAAUGUGUCGGAGGAUUCUCAGGAUCGAAUUGCGAAAUUGAUGACGAUGAAUGCGCCAACAAUCCCUGCCAGAACGAUGCUACAUGCUUACAAGGAGUGAAUACAUUUAGUUGUUACUGUAAACCAGGGUACACCGGCAGCCUAUGUGACGUCAAUAUUGAUGAUUGCCAUCAGAAUCCCUGUUUUAACGGAGCUACAUGCAUUGACAAGGUAAAUGGGUUUAAGUGUUUGUGUAAAACAGGAUUCACUGGUAAGACAUGUAAAAACGAUACAGAUAACUGUAUCCACAACCCGUGCAAGAACAACGGUCUAUGUCGCUAUACCGGAGGUCAGCGCCAGUGCAUCUGCCAGCCUGGAUUCGCUGGAUCUCUUUGCGAAGAGGACGUCAAUGAAUGCCAGAGUAGCCCUUGUAAUCACGGCGUGUGUAUUGAUGGAUUAGACAGCUACAGAUGUUACUGCAAUCCAGGCUAUCAUGGUGCCACAUGCGAACAUGAAACAAAAGAAUGCCGAAGCUCACCCUGCCAAAAUAACGGCGAAUGUAUUGACGAGGUAAACGGCUUUAAAUGUGUUUGUCCCGCUGCCUUUGAAGGUGUCGUAUGUGAACGAAAUUUUGACUUCUGUACUUCUGAUCCAUGUCGAAAUAACGGUCAGUGCUCGGCUAUAAGUGGUGCUGGGUACGAAUGCCAAUGUCGACGCGGCUUUGAGGGUUCAAACUGUGAACUGAAUAUCAACGAAUGUAACAGUUCACCUUGUAGAAAUGGCGGAAAAUGUGUUGAUGCUAGCGCCAUGUUCUUCUGUGUCUGUCCACCUGGCUACUCUGGUGAAACCUGUGAAGUGGACAUUAAUGAAUGCGCAUCAAAUCCGUGCGUUAACAUUAAUUCUACUUGCAUCGAUUGGCAAAAUUACUAUGAAUGUGUUUGCCCGGACGGGUUUGAAGGGAAGCAGUGUGGGUAUGAAGUACUUGAGUGUGCGUCAGAGCCAUGUCUUAAUAAUGGCUCUUGUGUUGAAGGUAUCGGCGGCUAUCAUUGCACGUGCGUUGCUGGGUUUGAAGGCACAAAUUGCGAAGUUGAUAUAUACGAAUGCAAGAGUAGUCCGUGUCAACAUGGUGGACGGUGCGAGGAUGCUGUGGAUGGUUACUCGUGUGUAUGUGCCACGGGCUACGACGGGGAACAUUGUGAAAUAAAUAUCAGCGAAUGUGUCUCGUCUCCGUGUCUAAAUGGAGGAACUUGUAUCGAUAAGGUUGCGCGGUUUUCUUGUCUUUGCGCAGAAGGUUUCGGUGGACGCUACUGUGAGAAUGACAUCGAUGAAUGUGCGUCAAACCCUUGUAGAAAAACUGGCGAAUGUGAAGACCUCAUAAACGGGUUCAGGUGUCGGUGCGACUCUGGUACGACCGGUGAGCUUUGUGAGUUGCAGAUAAAUGAAUGCGAUAGCAGCCCGUGUUCUAAUGGUGGGACCUGUAUUGACCAAACAAAUGGUUUUAACUGCGUUUGUACCAUUAGCAACCAUGGUGAUACCUGCCAACAUUGGACCGACGCAUGCACACGUCAACCGUGUAAAAAUGGCGGAGAAUGCACCUCGCAAUUUGGUAAUUUCACUUGCGAUUGCCAACCUGGCUUUACUGGAAAGACAUGUGCGAUAAAUAUUGACGAGUGCGCAUCGAAUCCUUGUUUCUAUGGCAAUUGCAUCGACGGUAUCAAUUCGUAUCACUGUACUUGUGGGCCAGGAUUUUCCGGCUCGAGAUGCGAAAUGAAUAAUGACGAAUGCAAACAAAAACCAUGCGCUAACGGCGCUAUAUGCGUCGACCAGGUUGCAGGUUACAGAUGUAUUUGUAUGCCUGGCUAUGGUGGAUUAGGUUGUAGAGAAGUUCAAGACCCUUGUUUGUCGAGCCCAUGCAAGAAUGCUGCCACGUGUAAGCCACAGAUAGGCGGAGAUUUUGAAUGCACUUGUCCUUAUGGUUUUACCGGUAAAUUAUGUGACUUGAAAUAUUUAGAUUCCUGCGCAUCGUCACCAUGCCUACACUGUGGUCAGUGCGUAGACACGUUAGAUGGAUACGUGUGCAGGUGCAUGCCGGGAUAUAAUGGCACGUGGUGUGAAAAUGUAAUAGACUAUUGUCAGAGUUUUCCUUGUUGGAACAGAGGGGACUGUCUAACGGAAAUCAACGGAUUUAAGUGUAUUUGCCGAGACGGUUACCAAGGAGACGUGUGCGAGUUGACCAAGACAAUACCAUGAGCAGCGCCACCAAAGAAGGCUAACUCUACCAUCAAAGUUGAAAUCAAUAAUACCGCACUGGACUCAAUUAAAGUUGUUACCGUACUAUAUCACGUGAAUGUAGUACCCGCAUUCAUCCAUUCACUACUGGUGAAAUGAAAACAUCAACAACUAUCCUGCGAUUGAUUGGGAUAAGUGCAUAACCUUACGCUGAUAGACUUACACAAUGAACGUUAGAAUGUACUGACCCAGCAACUACUGUAUGAAUGAAAACUUAUUUACGAUUACGUUGGGAUUUUAAUCAGUGGUAUAUAUUAUUAGGAGAAAAAUUAUAAACUUUCUUGCAGCAAUACUGAAAUAAAUAUAUAGGGCCUUCAUUAUUAAAUUGUAGAGAUGAAAAAAUAUGCGACAUUUUAAAACAGCUGAGCUGUUGCUUAAUAUGCCUAUGACGCUUUAUAUUUUAACCACUCGGUAACACUGGGGCUAAUUGCACCCAGACGGGUUACACAUCAAGAUAAUACACCAAUAUCUAAACACAUAGGCCUACAAGAUCUCAGAAUAUAGUAAUGAUAAUUAUAUAUACAGUAAAGGGAUAGACCAAUUGCAGUAAGGAAUAAACCAUUUUGCAGUAAUGCUGAAAUAAAUAAUAGGUCUAGUUAUGGUCUAUAAUAAUAGGCCUAUACAAAUGCCUAUAAUACAUACGAAAUGACGAACCAAAUGUGUUAUAUAAUGUAAUACAGUAUUGUACUGUGUCUGUUUGUGAACAUUAAUGUGUACGUACUUUGUUACUGUUAAUAUGCAACUUUUGCAUAGACGAAUGUAUAUAGGCCUAAUUGUAGCUGAUUGGUUAAAGUUGCGCAAACUGUAUUUUAGGAUGGGGAAAGUCGAAAUUUGAAGACCGGCAAAUGAAAUCGGAGAUCAGGAGUGUUAUUUUUUUUUUCAAAAAUGCUAAAACCAAAGCUUAAAUGUGAUAAUGACCUAGAAUUAUCGAGAGUGAACCUACAUCUGUUAUGAAAGCACUCCUAUCGAAACAUAAACUACAGCUCACAAAUUGAUAGGAACUUUCAUAGAGGAUGAGUAUGUAGAGGGCGCUAGCUAGAUAAAGGGCCAUUAAAAAUAAUAUGUAAAAUCGUGUUCUAGAAUUAUAAUAUUCAUAAAUUU